CGUGACUUCCGCGAUAGAGGGAGCUAUAAAUGUCUCGCGCAGCGUCAGUUUGAACUGUUUCUCCGAGCUCGUCCCAACAGGCAGGCCGGGCAGUCUGCGAGUCCAUGAGGAAACUGGAGCAAUAAAGUUCUCUCGGAGCAGCAUGAGUCUACGGGAGAUCAGCGAGAACAUGAAGCUGGCGCGGGAGUAUGCUUUGCUGGGAAACUACAGCUCAGCCACCGUUCUCUACCACGGCCUGCUGGAACAGAUCAAGAAACACAUGUACACUGCGCGGGACGGCAGCGUCCAGCAGAGAUGGCAGCAGCUGUGGCAGGAAAUUAAUGAGGAGACCCGGCAGGUUCAGGACAUCAUGUCCACUCUGAAGAGCUUUCAGCUGGACACGGCACCUGUUAAACCUGCCAACCAUGAGGAUUUUGAAAUGAGGCCAGCACAUGUGGAACCAAGAUACUCUCCUGGUCCCGUCAGACGUUCUAACUUUCAUAAGGAGAGCAAACCUGCAAACAACCGGCUGAGUGCGGCGGUGAGGCCCCAUCAGAAGCAGUCGCCGCGAGGCGCCAACGGCGACAGGAGCCGGGUCUCUAAGGGCAAGGAAAGGAAGGACUCAAAGGAGGCCAAGGAGGCUGCUGGCAAAGCAAAGGAUGAAAAGGAGAAAGAAGUGAAAAAGUUUGAUGGGACAGGAUAUGACAAAGACCUGGUGGAGGCCCUAGACAGAGACAUCAUAUCCCAGAAUCCAAAUGUCAAAUGGGAUGACAUUGCAGACUUGGAAGAAGCCAAGAAGCUCCUGAAAGAAGCGGUGGUGCUGCCCAUGUGGAUGCCUGCUUUCUUCAAAGGCAUCAGGAGACCAUGGAAGGGAGUGCUGAUGGUUGGGCCUCCAGGCACGGGGAAGACUCUUCUGGCCAAAGCAGUCGCUACUGAAUGCAGAACUACUUUCUUCAACGUGUCCUCGUCUACGCUGACCUCUAAGUACCGAGGAGAGUCUGAGAAGCUGGUCCGCCUUCUUUUUGAGAUGGCACGCUUUUACGCUCCCACGACAAUCUUCAUUGAUGAAAUCGACUCCAUGUGCAGCCGCAGAGGAACCUCGGAGGAACAUGAGGCCAGCAGGAGGGUCAAAGCAGAGCUGCUGGUCCAAAUGGAUGGGGUGGGCGGAGCUUCGGAGAACGAAGACCCAUCAAAGAUGGUGAUGGUGCUCGCUGCAACCAACUUCCCCUGGGACAUCGACGAGGCUCUGAGGAGGCGGCUGGAGAAGAGGAUUUACAUCCCUCUGCCUUCAAUUAAGGGGCGAGUGGAGAUGCUCCGGAUCAACCUGAAGGAGCUGGAGCUGUCGGGAGACGUGGACCUGGACAAGAUCGCCGAGCAGCUGGAGGGUUACUCUGGAGCUGACAUCACCAACGUUUGCAGAGAUGCCUCUCUGAUGGCCAUGAGGCGGAGGAUCGAGGGUCUUUCUCCAGAGGAGAUCCGUAACCUUUCCAGAGAGGAGAUGCACAUGCCCACCACCAUGGAGGACUUUGAGUCGGCGCUGAAGAAAGUCUCUAAAUCUGUCUCUGCGACUGACCUGGAGAAGUACGAGAAGUGGAUCGAGGAGUUUGGAUCCUGCUGAGGUCUCCCUGACCAUGUAGAGUUGUUUCAGUGUCUGGCCUGAAUGGGUGUGAUCUGGGUGGAUGUUUGUAUCAUGAGGUAAAUCUGACUGGCUGUAAAUCUCUUGUACAUAAUGUUCAGCCUGUGAAGCUCAGAGCGUUCCAGCUCUAACUGCUAGCAACAUGUUUUUAUGCAGUAGUGAAACUGUUUAGUGUCAUGUUUGCAUACAGUUGUGUAACUGGGAGCCAAUCACAUGUAAUUUACUUUUUUUUUUUUUCUUUUUUUUUUUUCUUGAGACCACCAUUUCCAUUUGUCUUGAACUACGUAAAUUUCUAUGAAUACAACACUAAAGAUAUUUCUAUAAAUAAAGUUAUUACUUUUGUUGAACUAAACGUAA